ACUGCAGAGACCGAGCGCAAACACAAGAGAACAAACUUCACUUUAAAAACAGCUCUGCCUUUUAGCUCCGGCCUGAAAAUCGGCCACAAUGGACAAAUCCAUCUGCACAUUAUUACUGCUAUUUUCCCUGCUAUCCUUUCAGGCUGUGAAUGUGCGCUGCACGAAUUUUGGACUGUCGCCCAUUGAGCUCGCACCCAUCCCCUGUAAUGACAAGGCAGUGGAGAAGCUCUCACGUCUGGCUGCCACUUACAUCAAUGAGGAUCGCACCGACGGCUACAAGUUUGCCCUCAACCGCAUUGCAAACGUCCACCUGCACGCUCAGGUCAGUAUGGAGACAAACAGCCAGUGGGGGAAAGCUGCCUGUGGUUUUUGUAAUACUCUGUCAGUGGGUGAUUUGUUCAUGUUUAACAAGAGGGGUGGAAAGGUUAUUUUCCCCUCUGUUGUUGCUGAAAUAUCAAAACAAGCCGGCGAAAAAGGUAGAUUUAACCAGCCAAGGCCAAUCUUCAUGUCAGUGGGAUCCCACUUGAGAAGAUUUGUGUUUUUGUUGUUGGGAGAUUUCUAAUCACAAAUCAUCCUUUGACAUUUUCACGAUGAGCUGACUGUCUUUGGGAGAUAUGAUAAUGAAAUUUAACUCCAAAGUAUAAAUAAAUGCAACAGAUACAAAGUCAGGGUGGGUGAAGAUACUAAUAGGAUUUGCAUCUUGUGAUUACAUCUUUCCUUCAGAGACUUCUUCUGAGGAUUUCAUUUUCACUGAAGGCUAAGUUGUUUAUUUAUUUGCAUGUGGUAUGUGAACAGAGAACUGUGAAAAGGAAAGCCUCAUAAUCGCUUCAUAUGUUGGGUCUAAGCUGGGAGCUGCAGCUAAUGUCAGGCAUGUAGAUGCUGGUCUGCAGGAGGACCAAAGCUAGCGGUGUAAGCUCUGCCAAAAUCAGCCACACUUGGCAAACCCAUUUUUUGAUAGCUGUCUGUAUGAUCACAUGGUUAGCUGUGUUAAACAAAAUGCUAAACAUGAAGUGUUUUCUGACAAGUCGGUAGGCCCAAAUCUUAAUUUUCGCUUGAAGAUGAGGUAGGCAGGAUCUGAGGAAGUGCCAGUUUUGGGGAGAAAUCUUGAAUGUAAACACUUCCCCUCCCAACCAGUUUUCCCCUCAGCUCCUCCUCUCCCCUCCCUCUCUGCUCCAGCAAACCCCACCCACAAACAGACGCUCCUGCUCGCGCGUAUUGUUCCAAUUACAUUCAGAUAUCAUGCAGAUAAAUACUUCAGAUAAUUAUAAAUGGGGCCCAGUCAACGUGAAAUAGGCCUGUCACGAUAACAAAUUUUGCUGGACGAUAAUUGUGCUACAAAUUAUUGCCGAUAAACGAUAUUAUUGACACCGUUUUUUAAAUUAUAGAAAAUGAUAAUAUAUGGCAUAACAAUGCGAGUACACCAUGUCAAAAGUGAUAAACUUUAAUUUCCGCUGUCUGUCAGCUGGCAAAGCUGGCAAAAUGACCGACCUCGUUUUUAUUUACCGAGCAAUAAGGCGAUUUAUUGAUUAUCGCGACAGGCCUAACGUGAAAGUAAAAAGCAUUGGUCUGUUGGCAUCAAUGCCAACCAAUGAAAAGUAGGUAUUUCCAAAAGUAGGGUAUGGAAAAGUAAGGAAACCCUGGACAAAUUCAUUUCACACUACAGUCAAAAAACAGUCAAACAUGACUCCUCCAAACUAAUGUUAGCUUAAGGAACUCAGCUCACGGUUGAAGAAGCUUACCUUUGGCUAGCAAUGUUACCUUGCAGUAUUUAGCAGCUUGUUCAGACAUUCCCAUUCCUUCACCAUCCCCCAUUAGCGGAAACUAAAUACCUCAACCACCAUUAUCACUGCAGCUGAUAAGCUUUAACACACACAAACACAAACUUCAUGUAAAUCAUUAUUUCAACUCAGAAUUUAGAUUCAUUGGCAGAGCUAAAAAUGUCAGGGUAUGUUUAUGUUUUCCCACAUAUUUAGCUGAACUUGCAAAGACACAAACCAACUAGUUUAUGAACCGUUCAAAGUCAUGAAAAUAAAAAAGGAGGAAGUCUGGAGCACUCAGAAGUUAAAAUAAAAAGCUUUUUGGUUAAUUAUCUAAUUCAGUUGACUAAAAUGCUCCAAACAUCCCACAUAUACACAACACAACAGCCUCCUUCAGGGAACAUUUUAACAUGACCUCUACAUGUUUUUAGAAUUUCAACCACCAAAAAUCUAAUUUGAUAGUAUUUUUACCUCUUCAACAAGAGUGCCUUGGUUUUUCUCACCUACAUGAAAAUAUCAGCAUUUAAAACAGGGUGCUUGUGUGAAGCUAAAACUAACAUUUCAUAUUUGUUUUCAUUUCAAAGCCUCUUUUUUUGUCAAUUACUGUCAUCAGUUUCCCUUAUUUCUAAUAACAUUAAAACAAAAGUGUAGUCUUUUGUGUCCUCCUUUCACUAAACCACCUUCAGGGCUGCAGGAGACGUUAAGGUCAUUUCAGUCCAGCACCACUGGCACAGCGCGCACACAGCAGGUUUUAUGAACGUCAUGCUGUCAGCCGCUGAAGGCUGUUGUAGCCUCCACUGUGGAAUAGUUAAGGUUUUAAGAGGCUCCGUUCAAUUUUGUGGCCUGAAAAAGCUGCCGUUACGCCUGCUCAGUGUUGUUACUUGUUAUCGGUGCAAUCACUUAAAUCAGUAUGUCCAGAGUUUUAUUGUUAAUUACACAGACAGCACCUGAACACAGCAAUCAAUAUAUGAGGGGAUUAAUUGAUGGUGUUUUUAUAUAUUAGUUUGCAGUUAUUUACAGAUACAAGUGUUUGAUUAAUAAUGUUGGAGAAUCUGAGCACACAGCACUGUCUUUUUCUCCUCUCUCUUAUUACAUGUUUGUUUUGUACAUGUCAGGGCCCAGCAGGUAAUGUGUAUUACCUAGACCUGGAUGUCCUGGAGACCAAGUGUCACGUCGGCAGCCCAAAACCAUGGAAACGCUGUGACGUCAGACCAUUCAUGGAAACGGUGGGACACAGCCGUACACAGAUAACGCAUUUAUUUGUCUUGCAUCACGCUUGUGAGGUCUCUCUGAUGUAAUGCAUCUCCCGCUCUGCAGAAAGGGCAAAGUCACAGAAUUUUGUAUUUAAACACACAACAGAGCACCUCUAUAGGGGUAGACUUUUAUAAGGUUUCAAGAUUAUGUUUCUUGACUCGUGCACAUGGUCAGUUUCAUACUGCAUUAGCAAAUGACUAUUGUCUGUUUAAUUUUAUAGCACAUUUGCAGAGGGAAUUUUAUGUUAUGUGCAAGUUUGAGUUCUUUUACUGAUGCAAACACAACAAAUAGCCUCUGGGAAUUGAUGUUUUAGAUUCUAAGCUCCCUGAAAACUGUACUUCUUUAAUACCUACAGAAAACAAACAUAUAAUGCAAUUGAUAGUUGUAAUAUAUAAACAGGCAGCGAAACAAAAUUUUACACAGUAAAAACAGCUUCUUGCUUUCAACUUUGACCCUUACAUAACCCUUAAAUUCGCUAGACAACUGAAGAAAAUUGUUCUCCCUCUUAAAUUUUUUAACUUCAGUCCUCGCAGAGAUGACUCUCACUAUUAAAAACUGUACUGGAUAUAUUGCUUUGUUUUUCUUUCCAGCAAAUCUCUGGAAACUGUAACACCACCAUCCUCCACACACCAGAAGGAUACUCCUACCUGUACAGCUAUGACUGCACACUCAUCCCAGGUAGUACUGUCACAAUAUAUUAUGCACAGAUUGAUAGUUAAAUAAGAACCGGUUUGCACAAUACACCCUUUGAGGAAUGUAAUUUUGACUCUUUUCAUUGAUUUAUAACAUGUCGAAAAACAAUUGCACGAUCAUGGUGGAGAGUCAAGAUAUUAUAGGACUGUGGUACAGGACAUACUGCAAGGUAACUAGUGAAAUUGUGUUGUUGUUGCACUGAUUCAUAUCCAAAGCUCAAAAAAAGCAAUGAAAGCCAUGUGAGAGUGAAGGUUCCUCUCUGUUGAGAUUUCAUUUUGACACACUACAGGUGUAGCUGAUAACAUUAGUAAUGGCUCCCAGGCACAAAGAAAUGGAGCUUCGCUUUAAUUAAUAUAAUUAGUUGGUGUGCGUCUCCCUCCAUGUCAAAUCAAAUUGUCAGCCAUGACAGAUAUCAAUUGACUUCUCAGGGAUGUUGCACACAGAUGCAAUACUGUAGAUUGUGUUUGCUCCACUGUGUUUUGCCUGAACUUUUUAAUCAGAGUUGGAGCAAAACAGCUGUUGCUGUUGUUUGUUUGUUUGUUUGUUUGUUUGUUUGUUUGUUAAAGCUAUAAAACAAAAUAUGUUACCACCUAAGUAUCUUUAAAACUUAUAAUAUCAAGUUUAAAAGUCCAAAAUGAUGCAAACAUGAGCGGAUAUUAUAAACAUAAGAGAAACUACCACUAAAUUAUGACUAGAGGGUAAUUAGUGGCUGGAUUAUUUUAGGUCCUGACUAUUUUUAGGAAACAAACAUACAAUAACAAGAAUAUGACUUGCAUGGGAGUUUCACUCAUCCCUACUACAUGCACUUAUUAGUGGUGACUUACUUUAAGUUUAGGUGAAACUUACAGUUUCAAUGGAGAACAUGCAGACAGUCCUCCUCCUCUCCAGAUGGGGAUGAUAAAUAACUCCACAGUGUUAGCAUCACAGUCUCUGGUUAGCAUCGGGUUAGCAUCCUUAUGGCAGGAAAUAGCCGGGACCACAACACAACACGACGCACUACACCCGAUUUCUUCGAGUCGGCAAAAAUUACGGUUUGUAAUCUGUUGAGUCAACUCUUGGGAUUAUUUUCAGCCUAAAAAGUCUUUUUUUCCACAUUCUCAGUGACAUUUAACUAUCGGCUGAACCACGCCAAACGAAUCACGUACAGAGAUCGUCGACAUUUACGUUACCGAAACGUCACUACGUACGAAAAAGAACUUGCGUAAUAGUAUUUCGAUAAAACAAACCAGAAUGGCGUUUCCGUUUUCUUAAUGGCGGGGAAAGGGGAGCUUUUCUCAAGGAAGGGUGUGUCCAACUAUUGCCAUCUCUGGCUCUACUGAUAGAAAAAUGAAUGAAUGAAUGAAUAUUGGCAACAGCUAAAUGGAAAGUAAGGUGUAGUUAAAAUUAAAUCAGUAUCAGGAGAUGUUGCGUGAUUAUUAAUAGAACAUUAUUAUUAUUAUUAUAGACAAUAAACCCACUGCUAAUUUAAUGCGUUCGCCUCCCCAGAGCUGGCCCAAAGCAUGAGUGAACUAAGCCUUUGCUUAGGGCCCCACAGCCAGUAGGGGGCCCCCAAGAGCAAUAUUUAUUUAUUUAUUUAUUUUUAAUUUUUUGCAUGUAUGAGUGAUGCUUUCUGUAUGAUCAAAUAUAUAUUAUUGUAAAAAUAAAAUAAAGUAAAGACAUUUUAGUGCUGCUGCUGAUGUAGCUCUAUGGUCUCUGCUACCGUUAUGCGCCUCCUGCUGUGCAAUGUGCGCUGAGCAUCCUGAAUGUCUUACAUUUUAAGAUUAAAAUCCAUAUGUGGCUCCCUGAACAUCAUUCAUCAGUCAUUCAUUGGUAUUACUUGUAUGGUUGCAUUGGUAUUAUUUAUGUUAUUACCUAGGCCAUCCCCUUAAAUGUGUAAAGACAUGUCAGGCGCAUUAAAUUUAUACUGUAGUAGGUGUGUGAAUGAUCAACAAUCAAUAUUAAUGGCAGAAAUAGAGGACCCCAAUAUCAAAUUUUGCUUAGGGCCUCAUUGAGGCUUGGGCCGGCUCUGUGUCUCCAAAUAUAGUCACCUCUGAUUCCAAAGACAAAGAAAAGCAACUUGUCUAAUGAGCAUUAUAUAAAACAUGUUCUACAUUUUUACUCAAUUAUCUCACCUUUGGCUGGUCUUUAGAUCCCCCUGAGAAGCUCCAGCAGACCUGUCCAACCUGCCCCCUCCUGCUGUCUGUAGACAGCCCACAGGCCGUGAACGCGGCUCAGCUCACUCUGGCUGCCUAUAAGAGAAAGUCUACUCUGGGAGCAGGGCUGGGAGUGAAGAAGAUCACCAGAGCUUCAUCUCAGGUACGGCUGGAUGUACUGUCAUUAACUUUAAUUUAGACAAACUAAGCCGAAUGCUGAUUUUAUUACACAAUAAUGUGUUGAAUCUUGUGUUUAUUGGAAAAUUACACUCAUGGUCAAUCUCUUGGUGUUCAUGAGCAGACGGCGCAGUGCACCUUUUGUGCUCCUGUGUGUCAGAUGAGAACAGUAACUGCUCCACAAUAACUAUAAUGAUGCAGGAGUCUGGCAAGUGUAAAGCAUUUCUGAGGGCGCUCACUGUCUGCCCAGGCUUCAGUUUGGGGAGCAAAUGAGAGAUUGAAAAAUCUGCUCCGAGACAAAAGCCCUAUAUACUGCUCCUCUUUGCUCAUAAUUCACCUCAGGUAACAUUUGUAAGACGAUAGCAAUUGCAUUGCAGCAAGUUUACACCUCUCUGUUUCCCCUUAUAUGUGUGUUUAUGUGUGCGUUUGGCCCUUUUUUGCCAUCUUGUUUUUAUAGGAGGUGCCAAUAAGAGCCAGCUUUGUAGAGUAUACAGUCCAAGAGUGUCCAGAGGGAGUGACUGAAAGCGGAACCUGCCAGCGACUCACGCAGGAGUCUGACACAGAGGUACUCAACAGCAAGAACACAGAGAGUGUGCAGAUCAAAACAUCAAACAUCACACACAUGAGCAGGAAAAUGCCGAGUAACUGCAUUACUUAAUAAGCACAGAAAAUCAGGGGUUGGCAUCGUGUUCAUUUGGACACAUUAAAAAUGAGCAUCACAGAGGAACGCUGCCAGCUGAUACUUCAUUAAUAUGGAAAAAUGGAUCUCCACACUGACAAUCCGACACUGUUAUUACGCUAAUUGAUGUUGUUAAAAGCUACUUUAAACAAACAUCAAUCAGCCAGCAUCUUGUUUACUUUCUGAGAUGAUAUGACACAUUCACUUCUAGUUAUAAAAAUAGCUGUAGUAAUUGGUUCUUUAUUAAAGAUGCCUGACAGUUCCUCUCCUCCUCCCCCUGAUUCAUUCCCAUUUUAGUUUUUUGUAUUUUUGAUCUUCUCUGUUCUAUCCUGCUGCUUCAUUACUGCUCUAAAGAUGAUAUGUCCUACCUUUUCCCCCUCAGACUGCAGGUUUCUGUGCAGGAGCCGUGCAUGGAGACUUGUAUGUUGAUCCUGAAGUCCUUGUGUCCUGUGAGAUGUACAAAGUACAGGUACAGAACAUGAUGCAGUAAUGUAUAUUUUUGUUUUUUAAUGAGGGUUGAUGGUGAGGAGGUUUUCACCCACAGAUUUUAUCAUGUGAAAAGCAUGUAGAGCACUAAUACAGAAACACAUGAUCAAAUCUGAGGGCAACUCUUAUUAACUCAGACCCCAAAUUUCAGCGUUAAGGGUGUAUGUUAAAUGUAAAGUUAAGGGUAGCAAAAGUAGGAAAAAAGGCAAUUAGGACUUUCAUUAAGUAUUAACAUGCAUAUUUAUAAGUUUCCAAAAACAGGCUCUUAAAAAUCCUGAAAAUAAAUAAGAUUUAUUUAUAGAAAAACUUCGAACUGCUUGUGAAGUUUGACUAAAAGAUGCCCAAAUAUUGUAUUCUUUACUCUUCCUGUCACAGUGUUUGAAAAAUGUGGGUCACAACAUUCAGGGAAACAGAACCAGAUGGAUGAAAUAUUCAUAGAAAAAAAAUCAUCAGAAAAUGACUCAACAGAACAGAACAGAACAGAAAGAUUCAAGAAGAACUUCAGAAUAGUUUGAAAUAUUAUCACUCGUAUAUGUUUGCAUAUCGUUAAAAACAUUGAUCUGGCGUAUUAGUCUGAUCACAUUAGUGUGACUGAAAUCAGUGGUUCAUCACUCUGCAUCCUGCAAAAAUCUGUCCUGAGCAAUGAAAAGUAGUACUAAAAAAGUUUUGUAUUCCAUUGAUUUGCUUCCAACACAUGCACACAAUAGCAAAAGCCAUAUUUUAAAAACAGUGGUUGAUAGUACUCAUGGGAAAUGUAGUCUUCAACCUAGAAAAACACUACUUAUUUUGUCCAGAGAGGUCACCAGAAUCAACACAACAUAGAAAUGACUGACAGUGCUUUUAAAAUGAGACUAAAAGUUAUAAAAUGAACAUCAAGCUGAGAUGAAAAAGAUUUUAAUCUGAAAAACUAAUAGUGAAUGAGACCACAAACAUGUAAGAAAAACUGUUCAAAUCAAGGAAGGAGUAGGGUCUUUUCCCCAUAAUCUCUGUCAGAUCCCUUUUUGAAACAAGUUCCUGCUGGCUGUAAGAAAAACUCUGGCAUUUGUUUUAUUUCUGAGACCCAAAGGCUAGUUACCACAUGACGUAAAUGAUGAAUGUUUUAUUCUCUGGUUGUUUAAAAUUGAGCAAUCUUUGUAAAAUGGUAAUUGAACUUUGUGGAGCUAUAAUUGGACUGUCAUGCCUUCUGUGUUUAAAUGUAGUGUGUGUUUGUGUGUGUUUGAGUGUAUGUUGGAGAUUUAAAAUUGUACGGUUCUGUGCUAUAAUUAUGUUGUCUUCUCAUUUCUCGGCGCUGCUGCGUGUAAUGAAAUAUUGCAUGCCUGUGACUCGUUUGGCAGGCGCUGAAAGAGGUUUUGGGAAAAAUACGCUUUGUUUGAUUUUUGUCUCACGUCUGCAGACUGUUGACGUCUUCAGACCAGUGCAGCCCCAGGGUCACGACCUUCUCCCAGACCUUGUGAUCCCGCCUGUGAUCGAUGACCCGAUUAACGACCCUGCGCCUGUUCCCUCUGAUCCCACACUGCCCCCUGUUGUUCACCCACCACCAUUUGACCCCGCGCCUACUCUGCCUUUACCCUCUGAACCCCCUGUUGUUGUUAACCCCGUCAACCCUCUCACCUCGUCUUCCAGUGAGUCUGAUGAAGAUCUAGUUAACCGGCGGACGCCGCCACAGUCCACUGGUCUUUUUGAUUCUUCAUCGGAGGAGAUUGGCGGCCCUGUGGCACUGCGACCUCCAUUUAACUUCCGCUACCAGAGGCUUGACCGCAAGAAACGCCAGGCCCUGAUGGAGACGUCCCCCUCUCACAACCCUGUCUUCCUGUCUGAUUUCCCCAGUGGGCUGUCCCCUUUCCGCUCCUGUCCCGGUCCUUCUCGAUUCACUACGGUUUAGAGUCAAUCUGUUCAUGUUUGAUUUAUUCAGCGAAGGGGAGGGCCGAUUAACUGCUUUGCUGUCUGCUCGCCGGAGGCUUGUAAUAAUUUCUGCUAAUGAGAGGAAUGCUUUUUCUUUUCAGCAGCCCUGAAAUUACCUCUAUGCUGCUUCUGUAUUACUACUCCCAAUGCAGCAAAGCUUAAACCAUUAUGCAUUCAAAAACGGCUUCAGACUGCAGUAUUUUUAGCAUCUACUUUGGUGGAAAAGGCAAUAAAAUUAUGAAUUUUAAAGCUGAAUGUUUCAGAGCUGAUCUCAUUAGUGAGUGGUGAGGAGAUUCAAUAAAUACUGAGUCAUUUAUGAGAAGAGAAAUACCAAACAUCUGAAAAUAUCAGCUCAUGAAUGCAGUGUGUUUUAUUCCUCCUGGGAGUUUUUAUCUUUCUCAAGCUUCCUUAAUUUCUGAGUGUUGUUCAUUAGAAAAAGCAGCUUUGAGAUCAAACAGUGGCCUACAGCAUGUCAUAAAAGGGGCAAUACCAUAUGCUAGUUUUGUGGCAUAGUUCAACAGCAGAUGCUAGUUUGCUGUUGAACUAUGCCACAGCAGAUGCCAGUUUGUCAGUAGUCCCUUUGGGCCACCGGUAUGAUAUGCAACCAGUAUACCACAACUUUGUUGAAAACUAUGAUAAAAUGUGAGUGCUCCUCCUUAUUUGCUCUACUUUUGUGUGUAACUUAAAGUGGGGGUAUUGUUUUUUUCCAGCUCUAUACUUCCUCUCUGAUACCUCUUCAAUAUCUUUGCAUGCUUAUCAUAUCAAAAAAAGUCCUGUGUUUCUCAUUCUGGUGAAUUAAAAUACCAUAAUUUCA